AAAACUGGAAAUAUGGAAAGAUAAAAGUAAGAAGAACUUCAAAUUACACAWUAUCUAUAAACUUGAUCUUGGAUGACUUGGAUGGACAAUGGUACAGGUUUAAGUCAAAUCUGUGUUUUUUAAUCCUCUAAUCUGAUCAAUCUGAGUCCAUAUUUACUACGUGAGCAAUUUCAGCCUUUCAGACACAGCCAUCCUGACAGCCUGACCCCUCUGCAGGUCUGCUGCUGCUUUACAGUAACUCCAGUUUUCUGCGUCACUCCGGCUGAUAAGGAGCCAAUAAACUCACCUCCUGCCUGCCGGCUCUCGCCGUGACACCGCAGGCCGCUACAAGGAAGCUGCUGCUGUUUCCGUGUCAGCCACCUCUCUGUAAAGUUCCCCCUCAUCACCUCAUGGGGCCAUAAAAGGGUCCAAAGAUCAGGGAGGUCCAGGAGGAGGCAGGACCAGGAGGAGACAAAAAGAUCAGACGAGCAGAGGACGCUGUCCACUUGUCUUCAACCAACAGACGUGCACCUCUGCUCCCCCACACAGCAGCCAUGAGUAAGGAAGAAGGCGUUGAGCUGAAACCCAUCCUAAAACGGAACAAACGGGUGAAUAUGAUGGUGAGCGAUGAGAGCAGCACCCAGAGCAGCUCCAUCGGGGCCGUCCGCUGGACGCUGCCCGACGAGAYGGCCCAAGCCCACAGCUCGGCCCCCACCAUGCACGCCAGCAACCCCAAAAAACCCUCGCAGCACUCGCGCCACAACAGCCUGAGGGACCUGCGCAGCCUGCAGGAGUGUGUGCAGUUCAUUCAGCACUGGAAGGAGCAGGUGGACCAGGUGUGCAAGGACGGCGGGGAAGGAGCCAGCAAAGAAGCUGAGAGCUCAGACCGCCGCGCCGAACGCAGCCUGGAGGAGAGCCGGAAACUGAUCCUGGAGUGGGCCGACGAGCUCCGACACGUGGACAAGCUUUUAAAUGAGACCCCCUUGACCCUGGAUCAUCAGGAGGAUGACAAGAAAGAUGAAAAUAAUGAAGAUAAAGAUCCAAAMGAGGAGGCACAGCUGAGGAUCAUGGAGUGGGCUAGAGAGCUGCAGAAGGCAGCAGAGAACUGCGGCGUGCCGGGCGACGAGCUGGGUAAAGCUCUGCGGCUGCUAGGCCUGAAGAAAAAGCGUCUGAUCCGGAUGCUGCCCCUGCUGGAGUUCAUCACCUGGUCUCUGCUGAAGGAGGACAGCACGACAAUGAUCCCCCAGAUUUGGUUACCUGCAAAGCAGAAAACUUGGAAAGCAGGAAUCCCGCGAUACUUUCCCAACUCAGUUUGGAGUUGGAUCUGCAGCGCAGCAGCUGAUGUGAUUUUGGACCCCAUGACGAACCACCCGUGGCUGCAGCUUUCAGACGACCAGCGUAAAGUCCAGGAGGGUCUGUYCGAGUCCGACCUGCCCGACAACUCYCAGCGCUUCGACAGCUGGCCCUGCGUGCUGGGCUGGCAGGGCUACAGCAGGGGCCGCCACUACUGGGAGGUGGACAUCGCCAACAACGGCUACUGGCGGGUGGGCCUGACGACCGCCGACUCGGAGCGGAAGGGCAACUUGGACAUGACCCCGAAGCGGGGCUACUGGACCCUGUGGCGUAGCACCCACCACUUCUACGCCUGCACCAAGCCCGAGACGCAGCUGCCUCUCUGCCUGAUCCCCCGCCGCGUGGGGGUGUACUUGGACUACGAGGAGGGCCAGGUCUCCUUCUACAACGUAGAAACCAAAUCUCACAUCUUCACCUUCACGGGGAGCUUCAGGGGGAAGCUGUACCCGCUCUUCGCGCCCAUGGACGGCCGCACACUGAUGACCAUCAUGGAGCCCAAGAACAUCACCAUAAACUGAGUCAAAACAAGUUUAAAACCGGACGAGCCGGAGAAGCUAAAAACGAUUGGAGUUGGACAGAAAUCUGCAGGAGGCUGAAGAGGAAAAUGAAAAAUCGACAUCAUCAGCGCUCCGACGUUUUAAGGGAAACAUAAAGAGUUUAAUUUCCUUAAAGGUUACUCAAAUGUUACUCGUAAUUUCUCUUUGAAAACAUGUACAAAGACUGAGCUGUGCUAAUGAUGAUGUUGAUAGAUGUGACAAAGUCGUCUUUAGAAAAAUUUAGAAACUGAGAUUUUUACGUGAAACUAAGUCAAGCUWAUUGUCUCUUAGAAGCUUUUAUUAGACAUAAUCUGCUUCGUCAUACAUGCACUUUAUACUGCACUUUCAGAAUAAACUUCCUACAAACAACUUGUUGUUGAAACUUCUAAA